CAGAGUAUAGAACUCUUACUGGCAGAUUACGAAACACCCUGCGAAAUAAUUUCCAAUUAACAAGAGAUUUACUUUUGUAUAAUGACAAAUGGAAUCGGUUUUCUUCAGUGUCAUGCAGUGGAACACUAUUUCAAAUUGUAACAGAGUUUUUGUUAGUUAUCACAAUCAGGAGUUAAUUAUGAAUUUUUUUUGUUAAUUUCAUUAAAGCGUUUAUGAGGAUCAUGAAUACACAAAGUAUAGGAAACUACACACUUUUGGAUGAUAUAACAAAUUUAGACUACAAUGUCUCAGAAACGAAUUCAUCUGGUCAAGGCAGCUUGCAAGACAGCCACAAUGUUACACAGCCAGAUGGCGGAGGCAGCCUGUUAUCUAACCCAACAUACAAGCUUGCACUGGGACUACUUAUGUGGUUGUUGCCUAUCAUUAUAACAGUCGGGACAAUUGGAAAUAUUUUCAGCUUUAUUGUGAUGCUACAAAGAGAAAUGCGACAAACUUCAACAUUUUUCUACCUUGCUGUUUUAGCCAUUGCUGAUACAAUCGUUCUAUUUAUGAGUGCGUUUAAGACCUGGUUUCGGCUGUGUUCUGGAUUUGAAAUGCUACAUAUUUCUGAUGCAAGCUGUAAAUUAUUUACAUUCCUCACGUAUUUCAGCCUUCACAUGUCGGCAUGGCUUAUAGUCGCAGUGACAGUCGAGAGGUUUAUAGUUGUGUGGUUUCCUCUUAAAGCGACAUCUAUAUGUAGUGCAAAGCGUGCCAAACUUACAACUCUUGGGAUUGGACUGGGCUUUUUCUUACUGAACGCUCACCUCUUCUGGACAGCAGAUCUGAUUACUGACCCAAAAAGUGGGCGCAAGACAUGCGCAAUGUUACAAAAUAAUAGAUUUCUGUACGAAGAGGUUUUACCAUGGGUGCAUUUAACACUUUAUUCGUUUGUACCAUUUGUGUCAUUGUUAGUUUUCAACGUUCUAAUAAUAAUAAGCUUAAUCAAACAUAGACAGAUUAUUUCUAGUCAAAUGACACGAGCGGACAAACGAACAAGAUAUAAUCAUCGCCGACUGGCUAUAACACUGCUUUGCAUCUCCUUUGUAUGGAUUAUAACGACGACGCCUAGCGCACUGUACACUGUCUUACCUCUAAAAGGUGACACGGUGACAAAAGCUGCUAAUUUCUUUCUAAUCAAAGUUAUCUGCUAUAUUUUCAUGUAUAUCAAUCACUCCAUAAACUUCUUCUUAUACUGUAUUACCGGCCAGGCAUUCAGAAGAGAAUUUAUGAAGAUAGUGUGUCGGACAUGCCGAAAGCGACGCAAACCAAAACCAAGACUAACAUUCCGAGCAAGCCGAAGUGGAAGUGGACAAGAGACGGUAUUUCCGUUGAUGGAGAAUAUGUACGGGAAUCGUGGAAGAUUUUUGUGUUGUACAAGAACUGAGGAACCAUCAACUAGGCAGUCUCCUCUAACUCCUGUUUCAACAUGACAUCAGCCAACAAGUCUGUCUCCUAUUUCUCUUGUUACAACUUGACAGCAGUCAACAAGACAAUCUCUUACUUCUGUUUCAACAGGACAACAAUCAAAAUGACAGUUUCUUACUUCAUAUUCAACAAAUAGACAGUCUACGAGACAGUUAUCUCUCAUUCAAGUUACCACAGGAUAAAGCUGAAAUCAUCAAAGUAAUUUCCUCUUACUACUAUAAGUACUAAGAGUAUAAACAAGGCCGUGUCUUUGAAUUUUGGUAACGAUGUGACUUGUUUACAUUUAACCAGAUAGUCUCCUCUAACUCCUGUUACUACAUGAUGACAUUUAAUAUGACAGGAUAAUCAACAAGACAGCCAGUGCUCAACAAGAUGGUGAUCUCUCAUUCUUGUUACCACAAGACAACCUACAACAUGACAAGACAAUCAACAAGAUGAUUCCACACUACAUCUGUUACCACAUAAAAUCUGUCAGCAUGAAAGAUUGUAACAACAGAAUAUUACUCUUUUCAAUGCACAUGUGUUAAACAAAACUUGUUACUAGCUCAUUACAACAGAAUGUAAGCUAGUUACAACAUGAUAAACACAUGUUACAACAGGAUAAAUAACAUGUUACAACAUAAUUUCAAGUCUUCAACUGCUCAUGUGAAAUGAGGAUUUUUAAAACAUUCUUCACAAGAUCAUCACAGGUGACAUCACAAGAUACUCAACAGGAUGUAGUUCUGUUACAGUUUGACCUAUCCUGUUAUCACAAAAUUUACAACCCUAUUCUGCAGUAGAGAAGGCCAAGUAACAAGAUUUCUUGUUGGAGCUUAAGUUUUCUAUCACUUUAUGACUAGUAGAUCUAGGAAAAAAACAUGUGAUUGAUAACUAUCAGAAGUUUAAAUUACACCAUAAAUGUUGAGUUUGAACAAGAAAAUAUUUGGAUUUUAGUCUGCUACCAUCAUGUAAUACAGCCUAGGAUUCAUUUUCAAUCUCAAAAUUUAGACUGUCGCCUGAAACAUUGCAACAAGAAAUCUUCUGUGUA